CUUUUGUAUGGAAGUCAGUUUCCUUAGGUUGCUGUGAGAACCACCUGCAGACCAUGUUAUAAUACUGAAUAUAUGGCCAGGUGCGGUGGCUCACGCUUGUAAUCCCAGCACUUUGGGAGGCCGAGUGGAUCACCUGACGUCAGGAGUUCAAAACCAGCCUGGCCAACAUGGUGAAACCCCAUGUCUACCAAAAGUACAAAUAUCAGCUGGGAGAGGUGGCGGGCAUCUGUAAUCCCAGCUACCUGGGAGGCUGAGGCGGGAGAAUCGCUUGAACCAGAGAGGUGGAGGUCGCACGAGAUUGCGCCACUGCACUCCAGCCUGGGUAACAAGAAUGAGACUGUCUCAAAACAAACAAAACACCCAACCGAACAUAUGACUCUAUUCAUUAAUUUAGUGGUGUAGGUAGACCUGAAAAAUUAAGACUGAUUUAAAUAACAGCUCAGGGCAAGUCUUGCUCACCUGACCUCCUUCUGCCCCCAAAACCCCAACAGAAGAUACACUUAUCUAGGAAACCUGAAGUGGGAUCAAUGAGGACUGUGAAAUCGCAGGCGCCGCCCCACAGCUAGGCCCCAGAUGAGAGUUCCCGCGGGCCUUCAUAAGCCUGAGCCCUCAGCCGACGACGUUCAGGACCAAAGGGCGAAGAGCUGGGACAGGGCGGCCCCGCCUCCAGCAGGCAGCAUAACUGGGCUUCAGCAGAACCUCCGAGCAGUUGUCUCAGGCUGCGUUCUGCGCAGCCGCGGAAAGCCGCGCCCAGUUUUUCCGCCCAUUGCCACGACAGAGGCGGCAUGGCAGGCGCAGAGCUGAGGGCAGCGCUCGAACAGCGGCUCGGUGCUCUGGCCAUCCACACCGAGGUCGUGGAGCACCCUGAGGUGUUUACAGUUGAAGAAAUGAUGCCUCAUAUCCAGCAUCUGAAAGGAGCACAUAGUAAGAACUUAUUUCUUAAAGACAAAAAGAAAAAGAGUUAUUGGCUGGUGACAGUUCUUCAUGACAGACAAAUUAAUUUAAAUGAGCUUGCCAAGCAGUUAGGUGUUGGGAGUGGAAAUCUGCGGUUUGCUGAUGAAACAGCCAUGCUAGAAAAACUCAAAGUUGGUCAAGGCUGUGCCACACCCUUGGCACUUUUCUGUGAUGCUGGAGAUGUGAAGUUUGUUCUGGAUUCUGCUUUUCUGGAAGGUGGACAUGAAAAGGUGUACUUUCAUCCAAUGACCAAUGCUGCAACCAUGGGUUUGAGCCCUGAAGACUUUCUCACAUUUGUGAAGAAGACAGGACAUGAUCCCAUAAUACUAAAUUUUGAUAAAAACAACUAGUUGGACCAAUGUUUAGAAUAAAUUUCUUUCUGAAA